AAGGACCAGUGACUUUAUGAGAGGACGUUGUUCGCUUCAUGUUUUAAAGCAUUUUAUCGACACUUCUCUCUUACCAGCCAAUUAUAAAAUUAAUCUUAUUUACGCUAAAUAUGUUUAGCUUGGUUUUAUCAAAUUUUCGGAAUAGUUGAGUAUAGGGCGACAUUUUCCGAGGGAAACAUCCAUCGAAGGAAUAAGAGUGAUGUAAAUUUGUGAUGUAACAAUUAUCCACCUGCAAUAUUGCCAUUGUGACGAAAAAAUGAAACGUUUGAAUUGAUUUUAUUGAAUUUGGUUUCAUUUUCUAAAUUGUAUCACACUGGCCAAAGAUGGAUCUUUGUGGGCUCUCCUGCAACGACCUGAAGUUCCACUGGAAAAUAGAGCCAAUUAGAAAAGAAGAGGCGAAACUAAAAGUUCUGAUGAAAAGUGAAGAAUGUGCGCUAAAACGUAUCGCUGCUGAGCGCGAGAAAAAUGUUUCUGAGGACAGAAUUAACGAAGAAGAUGACAGUAAUGUUAAAGAUGUAAACAGUUUCAAGUGUCCCGCUAAAAUCGAUGACAACAGACAAGAAACUGUACUUCGACUAAGGUGUGAAAGACGACGUAAGAAGUUGGCACGCUUGCAUGAUAAAAAGCUGGAUAUUUUAUGGAAUUUUGUAAAGGAGUGGUUGAAACUCGAAUUAAAUCGACUCUCCAUCGAACCAUGUUUAAAAAACAAUCCGGCUGUAGCAAAACUUGCCGAAUUCUAUUCUCGUUGUCCGAUUGAAAUUCUUGACGAAGAGAGAGUAUGGAAGAGCGUUGAAGAAAUUAUGAAAAGUUGUGAAUUUCUCGCGAACUCACCAGGGGAAACAGCAUCGGAAUCAGAAGAGUGUUCGAGCUCUAAAGAAGGUUCAGUUCACGAUGGUUUAGAAUGGAUUGACGGGAACGAAGGUGUUGAUUCUUUAUCCGAUUCCACCACAGAGGAAGGAAUGAAUUUUGAGGAAAUUCGGAAAAUAGGACUUGUAUCAUUAUUUGAAAAACAGGAGGAUAACGAGAAUGCUUUAUACGAGGCAGGGAGCGUGGGAUCAAAUCCAGAGGAGGAAGACCUAGAAAACGAGCAUGUCUUACUUUCUGUAAUAAGUGCAAUCGACGAAUCUUCUAUGGAUGCAAAAAUUGGCGUAGUUAAAGAAGAGGAAAUCAAUUUUUUAAUCGACGGAAAAGAUCAAAAAACUAUCACCGCCCAAGACAUGUCAACGUUACACGGACAAAUUAAUCACGCUUACGUGAGCGACGAAGAAGCCGAUACCGUAUCUGUGUCUUCUAAUACUUUGGAGAGAAAAUUAUUCAAAGUUGUCGAAAAUGGAAAAAAAGUGGAAGUUCCAAAUCAGUUACGAAUUGAUGAUCCGAGAUGGAAAGUGAAAUAUAUUGAACGAGUAGCUAGCUGUAAAUGUCCGUGGAGAAAGAAUAGAGGGGCGAAAGCUGAUUGGGAACUAGCUAGAAGGCUGCAGUUAGCUUAUGAUGUGGGUGAAAUUGAUCCGAAACGUUUUAGCAACAUCGUUGAAGAGGUUGUUCCUUUAACUUCAGACAAAAAGAAAUCGAACAAAAAUAAAGAAAAUAACGUUAAAUCCCUUAGAUUUACACUGAAAGAAGAAGCUCAGGUACCAGCUUGCUCUGAUAAAAUGCAUCCAACCGUGACUACUACGUCAUCUUCGCCAGAAAAUCCCACACUUACAGUCAGUGUUAGUCAAACAUGCUCCAGCGAUGGCAGAAACCUGCGACGUCACAGCGAAAAAUCUCCUAGGUUUUCGAAAAAUCGCGUUGAAAAACGAAAAGAUUCGCGGAAGACGACACAUAAUUAUUCAAGUAAAUGUGCGGUAUCUCGUUUCAAAACUUGGCCGAGAUCUACACCCAAUGAUAUUGAAAAUUCAUCCCAAGAAAAAAAUCUUCAGACCCACGAUAAAAUUUCGGACAACACCGUAACAAACAAAAACGUCAAAACCAAACAACCGAAAACCAAAUUGGCUGACACAAAUAAGAACGAAGCCGGUAAAACCCACACCGAUACCAUUCCUCAAUCCACAGAUGUUUUGACAGAAACCAAAUUUUCCUUUUUCACUGAUUCAGAACCGAUUUCCCAAGAAGAUAUCAAACAAGAGUCUCCAAACAUUAACCCAAAGACUACCACGGAUGGUUUAAGCACUAUUGUACCACCUUUGGACUUGAGGGACCUCUCGCCUGAUGUAACUAACGAAAGCAAGUUAUCAGAAAAAAUCGUAAAUGUGAGUGAUACAUACGACAACACAAUUAUUUUGAGAGACAACAAUGAUUUUGAGCAACAAUAUAAGAUGACUGAUCUUGUCAGUAAGCCGGACUUUGUUGGUAAGCCUGAAAAUAACAUACUGAACUGUAUACCCUGUUUCAAUAAUAGUUUCGGGGGAGCACAAAACAACAGUCUAAUGUUUGAAGCUAAAAAAACGCCCAGCAAUGCAUUCGACUUCACGUUCCAAGGCGGAAUGAUAGCAGGGCCCACAAUGGCGACAACGCCUAAACCUGAGCCUCCUCCACCACCGUAUAUUCCAUUUCGAGCUCAUCGGCCCACAAAAACCGCUCAAUGCCCUCAAGUUCGACAGAAUCUAAACUCCCAGUUUCCAACGACAUAUCAACCCUACGGAGAAGCCUGGUUUAAAGCCAUAACUAAAUCAGAUAAUCAGGACAGUUGGGCUACUCAAAAGAAACUUCCUGGCCCUAUGAUACCUAGCACUUCUCCCUGGCAUGUUCAAUACCCAACGCCAAGUACUUCUUCCUCUGGGGUCUUAAGCUCGAAUGAAAUUGCAGCAAGUCACAUCAAGCGUAUUUUAAGAAUAUGCGACGAAGAACAAAACGCACCAAUUGCACCGAUUGUACGACAAAGUGCACCAAAGCCGGUACGUCCUUUCGGUAUAUCAGCUCUUCCAGUACCAACGGCAACCGGAACAAUUCAUCAAAAUUACGCUUCGAUGUCGUUCCGCAGUCGCUUACAAAACAGUUUUGUACCUCCAGUUCCAGUUGUAAAUUCGCAGCGCAUUUGCCUGGUCAGGCCACAAUGCGUGCAAAACGCUUGUGGUGACGCACGCAUUACGAGUAUAACUCAAGUCAAUUCAUCUCAUGUACACGCGCCACCUUUCACACCAGGGAUCGCCUAUCGUCAACAAGAUUGUGCCACCAAUGCUGCAAAGGAAGAUGCAUUUCAUGCAUCUAACGAUGAUUCUUCCAAGAAUCCACCAAGUUUUUUUCCGUCAUCUUGCGUCUUUGAUGCAACAUUAGGAAUCUAAUGCAUGUUUCUGUAUAUUAUUAAUAUAUUAAUUAAAUUGUUAUUUUUUGUAUAUUUCACAUUAACUGCAAAUAAAACGUCUUGUUGCCAUCUUAUUAUUAUAAAACAUGUUUAGACUUUCGUGAUUUACUGCGGUUGAAAAGUAACAUAUUUUCUUUCCACGUUCAAUAGUAAUAAUAUUGUGAGCUUUCGUUCGAUCAUAGUCCAACUUCUUCAGAUAAAACAAGUUAUAACUUAAUCAAACAACGAAUAUAUACUUGCUUUUUCGUGAAAAGAAAAUUCGUUAUUCUUAUUUAUCACUGUAUUACUAUAUAUAUACUUCAAAUAAGCCACAUACCGACCCGAAGUGAGAAGUGAACAGAUGAAAGGACCUAUAGUUCAAUACACAAUAACCUUCCAUUUUAUACUUUACAAUUUACAAUAAAAUCCUGAACAUUAUUUUGCAAAGCCAUGCCAAGCAUUAUAUCGUUUGUACUAUAAAAUAGGUAAAAUGUGUGAGAAUAAAAUUUCUAACAUUAUUUUAGAUCUUCUAU